UAGCACUUGUUGGCUACACUCUCACAAUGGCUGCCAUGAAGCUUGUGUCACUUAGCUUGGUUGUGCUACUGAGCAUUGGGUUAGCCAGCGCAGCUAGGGUAGUUAGAUACUCCAGUUCCACGGGGGCAGGCUCGGGAGGGGGGAACGGCGGCGGGACUGUGAACGGCAGCGGUGGAGGGGCUGGGAGUGGCAAUGGGAAUGCCGACAGUGGCAGUAGUGGAGCCCAUGCAAGUGCGGGAGGUGGCGGUAGCGGGGGUGGUGCGUCGCAGGAAGGCGGCACCGGGUAUGGCGCUGGGUCCGGCGACGGCUCAAGCUCUAGUCAAACGAGCGACGGAAGAUAUAGUUAUGGUGGAACCUCUUACGCAAGUGGUAAUGGUGGCGGCAGCGGCGGCGGACAGGCAGCGGGCCCUAGCUCCAGCGGUUACGGAUCUGGUGGCGGCACUGGUACUGGCUCCAGUGAGGUGACUAAUGGCUGGUACCCAUAUGCGAAUGCAAAUGCUAAUGGUAAUGGUGGAGGCACGGGAAGUGGUCAGAAUGGCGGCAGCGGCGGCGGCACGGGACGUGGCAACGGUUAUGGCGAUGCAUACCCUUGAAGUUAUCUCUAUAUAGUUGAUCGAUCUGAAGAUGGAGCCAAACUUUCAUGUUGUUUUCCUUCUGUUUGAACUGCUGGCCUCGUUAGUUUGCAGCCUUUAACUUCUCCUAAGCUUUCGUUCAUGUAAUGGAUGAACCAAUAAAGGGCCCCAUCAACUUGUGUUA